AUGCAUGGGGGGAGAUUCUUGCGCCUCCUGCCCCGGCUGCCCCAUGCGGAAAUCCCGAGGGGAAUGCUGCCGCGGGAGGGGGGAGGCCUCGCCGCUGAUGCGCGCAUGUUGCGCGAUUUUCCGCCGCUCUUUCGCCUUCUCACUCGGAAGGAGGGCGUCUCGGCGGAGGCGCUUGGCAGUUGGAUGCACGAUGUGGACUCCCCCCGCAUUCGCCGCCACCUGCAGCACGAGCGCGCCUACCUGCGCGCCCUCAUGCGCACCCGAGCCGGUGGGGGGCGGACGAUGGGGGAGUGGCAGCGCGAGGUGGUGGGGGAGAUGGAGGAGAGCAUGCCGCCGCCCUCGCAUGGGCCUCCUGAGCCUUGUGGCCCCUGGCUGUACGGAGCACGGGUGCCAGACGGGCAGGAGCUGCCGGUGCUGUUCCGCUGGCCCGCUGCCAUGCACACGGGGGAGGUGGCGCACACAGCAGAGAGUGAUGGGGGAGGGUGGCAGGGAGGGAGGGGUAAGGGAAGGGCGGAUCGAAUGGGGGAGCAGAUGGGGCAGCAAGGGGUGGCGGGGGAGCAAAGGGCGGAGGAGGGAGGGGUGGAGGAGCGAGGGGAGCAGGUGUUGGUGGAUCUGAACGAGCUGGCAGACUAUUAUGGGUACGUGAGGCUAGUGGAGUGCAAGGUCAGUCGCUGCCACGCCCUCCUCGCACUGCUCCUCGACCUCUCGCCCUCCGAGUCCCCCACGCUCUUCCUCCUCCACCUCCCCUCCUCUCCACCAUCCCUCCACUCCCGACCCCUCUCCUCACACGUGCGCCCUUCCAAGCCCCUCAUCCACUCUCCGCCCUUCGCCGCGCGCCUAUUGUGCACGCCCAUCCCAGCGGUGGCGACGGUGGAUUGGGCGGCAGACUCGCAGCACGUGCUCUAUACCAAGCUGGAUGCCAACCUGCGGUCGCACCGGACCAUGAGGGGUGGCUCUAUACUCUCACCGCGUGUGCCUCUCCACUGCUCCAACCAUCCACCCCUCUCCCCCCUCCCUCCACUCCAGCUUUCCACCUUAGAUUUCCUUCCUCUCUCCCUCACGCUCACAAGCACUCCUUUCCCCCCACUGCCUGCCUGUGCUCUGCUACCCUCCUCUGCUCACAUAACCCGCCACAGCGUGGCGAUCAGAAGCCUGGCGAUCAGAGUGAAUGGGUGGGACAUCCAGCCAUCAGACAUUGUCAUAUCAGACAUCGAGGUGUUCCAACGCUGCCUCGCCGUGCACUGCCUCGUGCACUCCCUGCCGCACCUGCUGCUGCUGCCCCUGCCCCUCUCACCAGAGGGCGGAGUGGGAAGAGAGGAGGGUGGUGUGGGAGGGAAGGGGCGGAGAGGAGAGGAGAAGGGGAGGAGGGAAGUGGAGGUGUGGGCGAGGGCAGUGCAGCUGCCGGAGAGGGUGUGCCAUGUGGUGGCGGGGGCCAACCAGGACUUCCAUGCGUCCUCUCUCCGCAUCAUGGUGUCGUCCCCUGUUAUGCCUGACGCCGUGUGUGAGGUGCACAUGCCCUCUGGGACCCUCUCAGUGCUGCACCAGGAGCCGUACUGCCGCCACCAACCCCACCAACAGCAGCACCAGGAGCAGCCUGCUAACCAGAAGCAUGAGAGAGUUGAGAAGCAGCAGAAGCAGCAGCAGCCACAGCAGGAGCACUCCCCACCGACCCCACGUCUUCAUCCCCCCAGCCCUCCCCUACCUCUGCCCCUCUUCUGCGUGCCUGGGCUCAUCUGCCAACGCCUCUGGGUACCAUCCCCGGACGGCCCACCCAUACCGCUCACCCUCAUCCACCAUGCCAGCAGGCAGCGAGACAGCGAGGGCGCGGCGCUACUAGAGGGGUACGGCGCGUAUGGGGAGGUGAUGGCAGCGGAGUGGGUGCCCCACCGCCUGCCUCUGCUGCACCGCGGGUGGGUUAUUGCCCUCGCGCACACCAGAGGAGGGGGGGAGCUGGGGCGAGCAUGGCACGAGGCGGGGCGUGGGGAGAGGAAGGGGCGGGCGGUGGGGGAUUUGAGGGCGUGUGGGGAGUAUUUGGUGGGGGAGGGGUGGGCGGGGAGGGGGCGGGUGGCGGCGAGGGGGAGCAGUGCGGGGGGGUUUCUGGUUGCUGCUGCUGUGAACGCUGAUCCCGGUCUCUUCCGAGCGAUUGUGCUGGAUGUGCCAUUCCUGGACGCCCUCACCUCAAUGAGCAACCCCGCCCUGCCACUCACAGCGCUGGACCGCCACGAGUGGGGCGACCCCCUCGCCUGCCCCUCCGCCUUCCGUGCCCUCAGAGCCCUCUGCCCCGUGCUGAACGUGCAACAAGGGGUCAAGUACCCCGCUGCCCUGCUCUCUGCUGCUCUCCACGACUCAAGAGUGGGCCCGUGGGAGGCUUUGAAAUGGGCAGCCAAGGUGAGAGCAGAGAGCGAUUACAGUGAGAGGGAGCAGCCGGUGGUGGUGCGAGUGUGGGGCGACAGAGGGCACGUUGCACCGUGUAGCGGCAGGGAGCAACUGGAGGACGUGGCUUUGGAGCAUGCCUUCCUGCUGCACCACGUUGGGGGGGGGGAGCAAUCAUUGUGA